AUUCAUUGGAAAAUUCUCCAUUGCAACUGACAACAACAUGCCGAAAUCGUUUCUGAUAAAAUCAACUUCGCCGAUUUGUAAAGCAAAGUCGAAAUUGGAUGAUAUAAAACCAGAAGAAAUGGACGUAACACGCGAAAGUGCAGCUGAUAAAAACGAGGAACUCACAAGCACCAUUGAAGAUUCUGAUCUUGAUGAGGAGAUAGACAUUAUGUCAAAUGAUGAUGACAGUCCACAUGAACAUGGACAUAACAUAGACGUAGCUGAUGACAUCGUCAAACAACAGAGUCCAAGUAGGAUAGAAACAGCACGGACGAGUCCUGUCAUGUCACCUGCACCAUUAUCAACAACCACUCAGACGCAUCACCAACAUCACCAAAAUCUGCAACCAAUGCCAUCACCAGUGUCGUCAAUAUCUAGUCAAAUCAGUCAGGACGAUCACGACAGACAAUCAAUUUCACACAAAAACAAUGCACGACGAUCUCCUCAUUAUUUGCCAUCACACCCACAACUCAACGAGAGCCAACAGUCACGACCAGCUAUUAUUACCAGUAUUCACAACAACAAUCGUCUGCCAAUGAAACAAUCUCCACUUCCAACCGAGAGUUACCAAGAUCGUCUGCAAAUGCAGAAACCAACGACGCCACCCAGCGGCACAACACCAAUAGCGAAACCAGAGCCAUCUAUUCCUGAUUAUCGGGCAUUUGGGCACGUGCAGCCACAUCCGAUGGACGCUCUAAGGAUGCAUGAUCCUCGAUUUUGGCAGAAUAAUAUCACAAACGUAACGAACAUUACGAACAUGGGCCACCCAUAUCUCGGUAUUAGCUUCCACCAGCGACUCCAACAAUUGCAUAGCUUACACACUGCGCAUGCGCAACAUGCACAUGAAACAUUGAAAUACCCUUCUGAUCCUUACAAGUAUUCUCCUGAUGUCUUCAAGUACCACUCAGACCCAUUGAAAUCGAGUCAGUUCUCCCCGACUGAGGCAUUCAAGUAUCCCCCGAUGCACCCAACAAUACAUCCGUACUCCCCAACUUCGGCGUAUCAUGCAAUACCUGCUCCACCACUGGUUCCCCUUUCCCGCUCCCCCGGGCACGUGUCCCCCAGGACCCAUGACCACUACCUCACUGCAGACAUACAUCGAAUGCAGAGAUCACCAACAGACACUAUACCUUCACCCGUCAGCGCUAAAUCACAAGAACUGACCAUGGACAAACCAAAACUGCCAUGGAGCAUCGAGGCUAUGACCUCUGACCUUGACAGCCGGAAAAGGAAACGAGAGGGGGAACCCCCAAGAUACCAAUGCGAGGCUUGCAACAAAAGUUACUCAACAUUCAGUGGACUCUCUAAACACAAACAAUUCCACUGUGUUACUCAAGUAAAGAAACAAUUCAACUGUAAAUAUUGUGAAAAAACUUACAUCUCACUCGGGGCACUGAAAAUGCACAUUAGGACUCAUACAUUACCGUGCAAGUGUAAACUUUGCGGCAAAGCAUUUUCCCGCCCUUGGUUGCUCCAAGGCCAUAUAAGGACCCAUACUGGCGAGAAGCCAUUCAAAUGCCAACAUUGCGGACGUGCUUUUGCGGACAGAUCCAACCUUAGAGCACAUCUGCAAACUCACUCAGAUGUGAAAAAGUACAGCUGUAAAUGUUGUAGUAAAACAUUUAGCAGAAUGUCACUUUUGUUGAAACACGAAGAUGGUGGGUGCGCGGGGAUGUUAACCGCUCAUUAGCAUUUAGGCCAUCAAAUGUUGAAUCUCGAUCUUCCGAAUUUGUGUCAAAUUAAUUUCGUUCAGUGCAAUUACCAACAUGUAUAUCAUCAAGCGAUGUUAGUUGUUUAAAACAUAUCACGGCAUUCAUUUAUCAUAACUCAGCAACAUAAUAAUUUAUUAUCUUAUUAGUAAGUUAUCUCAUUACUGCUCAUAUCAUAUUCAUUUAUCAUAUCAGAAUAUUAUUUAUUUCGUUUUAUAUUUCAUUUGAUUUGAAUAUCAUAUGGUUGAUUAGUAGUUAGUACAUUUUUGUAUUGAGAUUUUAUCAAUGCAUUUAAAGGGGGUCAAAUCUUGCCUGGGUAUGUAUCGCAAAAUAAAUCCCCGGUUUAAACAGUGACAAUGAUUAUACGCCAAAGAACAUUUGAAUGUACUCUAUUCAAAGAUGUAAAUAUAUAACUGUAUAUAAUUCUAUGCUACACAUCAAAAUAGAAUCGCAACAAUCAAAUGUAUUUUCUUUUCAAUUAAGGAUUAGAUUCAAAGACUCAAAAUGCCAAUAUCAAUUUGUAUUACUUUAAAUGCAAAAUUCAUUAUUGGUAUCUCUAUGCAAUAGAACACUCAUGAACAACGUCUUCUGUAUACAUUCACAAAACAGAAGUAUUAAUUGGUUCUUUAUAUAAUUAUUGUAAAUUGUCAGCAGUUACAUUGUAUUUGUUUAGAAUCUGAAUGCUUUCAUGGGUGUGUAUACACUGCCGAACAUAAUACUGCCAAGCAUUUGUUGUACAGUGCUACUGUCGUACAUGUACAUCAAAAUAUUAAUGUAAACGUAUGAAUCUCAGUUUGUAUGAAUGUACAGUG